AUGGAUGUGGUCGGAGGUUUACUGCGGCCUGAAGGAGAUGACACUGCCAGGAUAUCGUGGAAACUUCGUCAGAUCAUUGUCUCAGGCCAGGACACCUUCUCGGCCAUUGAAAAGGAGCUAGACAUCGGCUUGGCAGCAGAUGUUGGAACUUUGCGGCGUCUUCCGAAAGUGAUCGGCAGUCAAAGCUUGGUGAAUGAAUUGGCUCUGACUGCGAGAAAAAUGUACGCGGAUGAAGCCAAGAGUUGUGGCCUGGUCAGAAACGAAGACGGAGCAUCUAAAUCUGUGUUCAGCAGUAAGUAUCUGUCAGUAAUCAUGGCGCUGAGUCGGUGGCUGAUGAUGAUCCUGCUUAUCGACUUCACCUCUUCAGGGCGUGUGCUGUGGAAGAUUAAAGCGCGUGUGCGUGAGGCACAGGAGCAGAAGGCCCAGGGGCAGGCGGCGAUGCACGGAGUCAGCGCAAUGCAGCUGCUCGAGGGCCUCAUACAGCAACCACUGCAGCAUUUUAACCGCAAAAAUACCAAAACCUUCUCUCAGAGAUUCUUUGUGAAUGAAGCACACUGGAAACGUCCUCAUGGACCAGUGUUCCUCUACAUCGGAGGAGAAGGUCUUCUCUCGAAAUUCAGCGUGCUGGCUGGUCACCAUGUAUCCAUGGCAGGGGAGCACGGGGCUCUGCUGGUGGCUCUGGAGCACCGUUUCUAUGGCCAGAGCAUCAUCAGCCUGGGGACCCAGGACCUUCAGCAUCUCUCUAGCCAGGAGGCACUCGCUGAUCUGGCUGCUUUCCGCCAGCACAUCAGCCAGAAGUACAACCUCACCUGCAGGAACGUCUGGAUCAGUUUCGGAGGUUCAUAUGCUGGAGCGCUCUCUGCAUGGUUCAGGGGAAAGUUUCCACACCUUGUUUAUGGUGCAGUGGCGUCCUCCGCCCCAGUCCAGGCCAAACUGGAUUUCUCUGCUUAUAACUUGAUAGUUGGACGCAGUCUUGGGGAUGAGAAUGUGGGCGGAUCUGAAAGGUGCCUCAAGGCUGUUCGGGAGUCCUUCACGUCGCUGGAAGCUGCUCUGCUAGGGGGCAAUGAGACUCGGGUGGGGAAGGACUUCUGCUGCUGUGAAACACCAAAGAGCCCCGAGGACCAGGCGGAGCUCCUGCAGAACGUGGCUGACAUCUUCAUGGGAACCGUCCAGUACAAUGAGGAGGUCGGACCGCUGACCAUCACCCGCCUCUGUGACAUUAUGACCGAAGCUCAGUCAGAGGGAGAGGAGGCCUAUCACAGACUGGUCAAACUCGCAGAGACCUAUCGCUCUAUGGAAAAGGAGUCGUGUCUGGAAGUUUCUUGGGUGAAGACCCUCCAAUGGUUGAAUAAGACCACCGAUGAGAGCUUCGGGUACAGACAGUGGUUCUACCAGACCUGCACUGAGUUUGGCUUCUAUCAGACAUGUGAAGAUUCUAGCUGCCCAUUCUCCCGCAUGAUGACGCUGCAGAGUCAGACUCAGUUGUGCUCCCUGCUGUUCAACAUCCCCCAGUACACCCUGUCCGCCAAUAUUGACUUCACCAACCAGUACUACGGAGGAGACCAGCCACAAACCCACCGAGUCCUCUACGUCAACGGCGACAUUGACCCAUGGAUGCCACUGAGCGUCGUGCGUAACGGUACCGGUGAGGACAAACAGAGAGCUGUGCUCAUUCAAGGCUCCGCCCACUGCGCCGACAUGAACUCAUUACGGCCCUCAGACAGAACCUCACUGAAACAGGCCAGAGAGGUUAUUGAGGGACGUGUGUCUGCGUGGCUAAAGAGUGCAGCGCUGGAGUACAGGGAUUAACCAAUCAGAAUUAGCGGCAACUGAUCACAUGACCAGAGUGGACCAACAUGCUUGGCCUUUAAAGUCGUGUGUCGCUCUGUGGCUGCCGUGUUGCCCGUAUCAGGAGCUCCGAGUGUAAGCUGGUUUUCUCUGUCAGCUGUCACGUCCUUCAGUGAACAGAACUGAUGAACCCAUGAAUUAUGAGCUGUUUAAGGUAUAUCCCAGGGUUCCAGGCACAUGAUUUUUCUGUUGUGGCCUAGGCUGCGAUCCUUGUACAGUUUCCCCUGAACUCCUGGUCCCACUUAAACUGUA